AUGUCCCACGAAACCGUCUGGUACUCCCGCCCGCGCACCUACGGCAAGGGCUCUCGCGGCUGCCGCGUCACGGGCGACAAGAAAAAGUCCGGGGUGAUCCGCAAGUACGGGCUCAACAUGUCGCGCCAGGUGUUCCGCGAGCAGGCCGACGCGAUUGGGUUCAAGAAGUACCGGUAG